AUGGCGUCAAUCUCCCCAACUCUCUCUCUUACCUUCUUCCUCCUCGCAUUCCUCUUUCUCGGCCGACCCACCCUGUCCGCUGGUUCCCCUGCAAAUUGGAGGGUUUUGAAUCCUCCUGUCCCAGUAGGCCUUCUUACCGUCACGAAUUAUGCGGUCGUGAAUAUGGUUUUCAGGCCCGUCAAGUUUCAUUCGAUUUGUUGUGGAUUGGACAAAGUUUGUGAGAGCGGAUUCCUUAGGGCUAGAAAAAUUGGGGAAGAACAAAUUAAGAGGAGAGAUGUUUCUGACGUGGAUAAAAGACGGCAGGGAGUAGAAAAG